CCGCCGUGGUGCUGCUCUGGGUCACAUAUUCGUCCUGAGCCGGCUUCAGCCUCUCCGCGCAGAAGUCUCCCGGAACCAUGGCCGAGUACUCCUAUGUGAAGUCUACCAAGCUUGUGCUUAAGGGAACCAAGGCGAAGAGUAAGAAGAAAAAGAGGAAAGAUAAGAAGAGAAGAAGAUGAAGAAACCCAGUUUGAUAUGUUGGAAUCUGGUGGACAGUAACAAACUUUGGUGGAAUUUCAGGAACCAUAGCCAUUGAAAUGGAUGAGGGAACCUAUAUACAUGCACUCGACAAUGGUCUUUUUACCCUGGGAGCUCCACACAAAGAAGGGGAAAAUGGCUUUGUUGGCCUCAAAUAGCUGCUUUAUUAGAUGCAAUGAAGCAGGGGACAUAGAAGCAAAAAGUAAAACAGCAGAAGAAGAAAUGAUCAAGAUUAGAUCCUGUGCUGAAAGAGAAACCAAGAAAAAAGAUGACAUUCCAGAAGAAGACAAAGGAAAUGUAAAACAAUGUGAAAUCAAUUAUGUAAAGAAAUUUCAGAGCUUCCAAGACCACAAACUUAAAAUAAGUAAAGAAGAGAGUAAAAUUCUUUAAAAAGGCUCAGAAAGAUGGAUUUUUCAUGAGACGCUUCUGGACAGUGAGUGCUCCAAAUCCAGGCUGUGUAUCAGAUGCCACGGGAAAUUCUGCCUCAGGACUGAGGUUGGUUCAAGUGAUACAAACCACAGAAUGAGGAACACGCCUUCAGGAGACUGAAUCCUGCUUCCCAACCCUAGCUUGGUAUCUGAGACCAUCUGCCUGCUGACUGGCUUUCCUGGCACAAACAUUCUGCAUGUAGGCACAGUGUGUUCCUGGACUCCAUGUCAACCCGUUCACCCUCAUGUUCCCUUGGUUCCUCUCCCCAGUCCAGCGAGCAGAACUGAUUACAGAUCUUGACAACAGAAGAUACAGAUUUAAAAUAACUUGCCUGUUCCCGUGGACUUUAUCCACUAGUGGAGGAGGACAAGUGGACAAGGGGAGAGGGUAGGUGGGGGCUCCUUCCCUAUUCCUCCCAUUCCACUUUAUACAAACCCUAGCUAGACCACUGGGAGAGCAACGGAGGUUAAGAAUGACUGCAUCUAAAUAUUGUCAUCUGGUCCACUCUUCUUCCAUCUUGUACACAAGAAUAUCAUGAGUUUUGGUUAAAGCACUACUGAAACCAAGAUAAACUCUGGCUUAGCAUGCCCCUGACGGAUCAGUCUAGUAAUCAUAUCAAAACCAAGACUACCUAAAAGCACUAACCAAAGGAAAGCUCCCUCACCCCAACCUAUGACUGCUCACAUUUUUCAGAUUGAAUCAUUUCAAUUGUAUUUUAAGGUUCAUUGACUCUUUACCACCUCCAAGCUGCUCCUGAACACAACUGAUUGUUAUUUUUUAAUUUUGAAAACUUUCUCACUUCUAGAAUUUCCACUUGAGCCUUUGUUAUUAUUGUAGUUUCUUCUUCUCUGCUGUGAUUUCCUAUCCAUUUAUUUUAUGGGUUUUUAGGGUUUUGAUUUUAGUAAGAAUUACAAUAACUACUUUAAAAAUCCACACUAAUUCCAACAUCUGGGUCAUCUCGAGGUCAGUCUCUAUUGAUUGCCUUUUUCUUUGAAUAUGUUUCUUUAUAUGUUUGAUAUAAUGGGAUUGAAUUCUGAAUAUUGUAAAACUAGAUUCUGUUUUGUUCCUCUGAAAAUUUUAAUAAUUUUAUGUUGUAUUUGUUGUAUUUUGCUUGAUUGUUUCUUUCUAUUGUAUACUUUACAAUAUAUUUUCUUCCAAUGGUUUUAACAUUUCUAUUUCUCAAAAUAUUUAUGUUUAUGUUAAAAAUUAUACAAAGUAACUUGGUGCAGUGGCUCCCAUCUGUAAUCCCAGAACUUUUAGAGGCCAAGGCAGGAGGGUCACUCGAGCCCAGGAGUUGGAAACCAGCCUAGACAACAGGACAAGACCCUGUCUCCACAAAAAAUUAUUAGGAUGGUGCAAAAAGUAAUUGCGGGUUUUGCCAUUACUUUCAAUGGCAAAACCCGCAAUUACUCUUGCACCAACCUGAUAAAAAAAUAAGCUGGGUAUGGUGGUGGCGUGUGCCUGUGGUCUCAGCUAUUUGGGAAGUGAAGGCAGAGGUGGGAGGAUUGCUGGAGCCCAGGAGUUCCAGACCAGCCUGAGAACCUGUCUCUAUGAGAAAAAUAAAUAAAUAAAUAAAUAGCUGGGCCCAUGUACCUGUGGUACUAGCAACUUGGGAGGCAAAGGCAGAGGUGCCAGAAUCACUUGAGCCCAGAAGCUCAAGGCUGCAGGGCACUGUGAUUGUGCCACUGCACUCCAGCCUGAGUGAUGGAGCAUGACCCUGACUCCAAAUAAUAAUAAUAAUUACAAAAAGGAAAGACCUAGAACACCAGGUUAGGGUUAAGUAUUCUAAAAUUCAGCUGACUUACUCUGUUCACUAUAAAGCAGGUUGCCACAGAAAAUAUAGCAUGCCCAGUUAAUUUGAAAUUUCAGAUAAACAAAUACUUUUUUCAGUGUAAGUAUAUCCCAUGCAGUAUUUGGGACAUGUGUAUACUAAAAUAUUAUUCCUUGUUUAUCUGAAAUUGAAAUUUAACUGGGUAUUACAUAAUUAUAGCAGCCUGACCAUAAAAGAUAUGAGCUGAGCAAAAUUCUACUUUAAACUUCAAGAUUUAUAAUAAUGCAUUAUUAAUCAAGAACUAUUAUUUACUGAAAACUGUGUAGAUCCCCGUAUUUAUCUUUUUAAAUGUGGAACUAGGAAAGCUACAUAAAGAACAUUUAUAGAAAUAAAUGACUGUUCUAUAGCUGAAAGGAAAACUCUAGCUUUCAUUUUUCUCCCCAAACUUAAGGUUUAUUCUACAUUUGUAUAAACAAUAAAAUUACAGCUCAACUUUGGAAGCACAGAUCAUAAUAUAAAAAUAAAGCAAAGAUCCCAGAAACAUUUAACAGGCAACAAAUCUUUCACAUCAUCUUACUAUAUCAACUAAACAUAUAAUAACUUAGAAUGAUCCAUUAAUUAUAAGUAAAGAAUAAAUUCUUUUACAAAGCAUAACUAUUAAUAUUAUUGACCAUCAUAAGAGCAAAUAUUUUAAGUAAAACACCAUGAAUACUUUACAGAAAGGAGCGAGUUGCAGACACAGUCAUUCUUGGAUUUCUUUCAACACCAGGCUUUCUUCCCUUUUUACCUGAACUGGGAGUUGAAUAUUUCCUCUCUUUGCCCUCUGACCCUCUAGUCUCUGAAGCAUCUUUUGUACUAGAGGUAUGUGCAGAGACUUCCUGGAAAUUUGGAUUUCUAAAUUGUGCUGUUGUAUCUUCUAGGCACUGCAGUGAUCCAGAUAUAGAGCUGUUGCUCUUGCUUGUGUAAGUGUAACAUUUUGAUUCAAAAAAGGAAGUAAAAGGAAGAGAGUUGAUUACAUUUGGCUACUGACAUUAAUAAUAAUAAAUAAUAAUUGUACUUGUAAUAUAAACAUCUGAAAGUUUUAGUUCUAAGAAUGGGUGUCCACAUAAGAAAAUUAUGUAAAAAUAAUUAAUGUCUAUUAUAAUUACUUUUCUUUAACCAAAGAAAAAGUAUAAUUUAAAGAUGGCUGUUUAAGGAUCAAAUUGCAGCCAUUGGUAAAAGUAGAUAUUAGUCAUAUUUAUUAACUGACACACAGUGAUACUGAAGGCACUUACUUCUCAAGAAACAUCAUUUUUUCCCAACAAGAACAUACUACAUCCUAGACAUGAAAUGAAAAUAAGCUUUAAUUUUCACCACAGGAGGGCGACAAUCAGAGAACUGAGGUGGUACAGAUCCAUUAGAGGACCAUAUCCAUGAGUCCAUCAGUCUCUACUGUAGGACAGAGCAAGAAUUUUUAAAGAAUCUCGGUAAAGGCUCCUUUUCAAAAAAAUACAAAGAUUAAAGCCUUUGAAACGUAAAUUAUUUUUUCCAGUUAUUACAUUGAGGACAAAGUUAUAGUUGCAAAGUUAAGAUUUUUAUAACUAUCCCUAAAAUUGAUUCUCUGUGACUCCCUUGAUCUACAUAUGUUAAGGAAAAAGGCAAGAUAAAGAUGUGUUAAAUAUUUUCCAGUUUUUAAUAAUCAGUUUUAAUAUAAGGUAUACCCAAAUAAUGGUUAAUUAAAUGACAAUGAAAGAAUGUUAUAGCAGAGGCUCACUUAUCAACAUGCCUUGAAAUUAAAGGUUUAUAAGGUGCAUAAGGGCAAAGUUUUUGAUGUUGCCAUUACAUUCACAAAAGUAUCUGAGGCGUGUACAGCAUGAAGUUCACUAAGUGCUUGCAACAUAACCAGCACUAAAUUUUGUUGAAUAAAUAAAUGAAUAAUUUUGUAUAGCAUCUGUUCAAAAUCUCUGAUGUAAAAAUGAAAAUAAUCUGAAAAUAUGCAAAACUGAAAUUUCCCACAUACGGCUGCCAAUUCGGACAAACAAUAAGAUGAAUUUCAAAAUGAGAACAUGACAAUAAAAUCAAGUUUCAAAAUGGCUGGCCUUUUUUAGCAAUACCCAUGUUCAAAAAAAGGAAUAAGACAUCAAUUGUUUUGAGAACCAAAAUUUCACUGCUGCUUUUCUCACACCCUGUUGUUAAUCUAAGCCCCCAUGCUCUUACUGUAAAUAACAGAUUUUCAUCAUAAAAUACAAGAAACAGGCAGGGUGACUGUCAAUAACAGAUAUUCAUCAUCAAAUACAAGAAACAGGCCAGGCACGGUGGCUCACACCUGUAAUCCCAGCAAUUUGGGAGGCUGAAGCGGGUGGAUCACUUGAGGCCAGGAGUUUGAGACAAGCCUGGCCAACAUGGUGAAACCUCAUCUCUACUAAAAAUACAAAAAUUAGCUGGGUGUGGUGGCAGGCACCUGUAAUCCCAGCCAAUCAGGAGGCUGAGGCAAGAGAAUCGCUUGAACCUGGGAGGUGGAGGUUACAGUGAACUGAGAUUGAGCCACUGUACUCCAGCCUGGGCGACAGAGCAAGACUCUGCCUUAAACAAAUAAAUACACAACAUAACAGAAUCACUGGGACACAUUCAAAGCAGUGUGUAGAGGGAAAUUUAUAGCACUGAAUGCCCACAAGAGAAAGCAAGAAAGAUCCAAAACUGACACCUUAACAUCACAAUUAAAAGAACUAGAAAAGCAAGAGCAAACACAUUCAAAAGCUAGCAGAAGGCAAGAAAUAACUAAAAUCAGGGAAGAACUGAAGGAAAUAGAGACAUAAAAAACCCUUCAAAAAAUUAAGUAAUCCAGGAGCUGGUUUUUUGAAAAGAUCAACAAAAUCGAUAGAUCACUAGCAAGACUAAUAAAGAAGAAAAGAGAGAAGAAUCAAAUAGGUGCAAUAAAAAAUGAUAAAGGGGAUAUCAUCACCGAUCCCACAGAAAUACAAACUACCGUCCGAGAAUACUAAAAAUACCUCUACACAAAUAAACUGGAAAAUCUAGAAGAAAUUGAUAAAUUCCUUGACGCAUACAUCUUCCCAAGACUAAACCAGAAAGAAGUUGAAUCUCUGAACAGACAAAUAACAGGCUCUGAAAUUGUGGCAAUAAUCAAUAGCUUACCAUCCAAAAAAAGUCCAGGACCAGAUAGAUUCACAGCUGAAUUCUACCAGAGGUACAAGGAGGAAAUGGUACCAUUCCUUCUGAAACUAUUCCAAUCAAUAGAAAAAGAGGGAAUCCUCCCUAACUCAUUUUAUGAGGCCAGCAUCAUCUUGAUACCAAAGCCUGGCAGAGAUACAACCAAAACAGAGAAUUUUAGACCAAUAUCCUUGAUGAACAUUGACGCAAAAAUCCUCAAUAAAAUACUGGCAAACCAAAUCCAGCAGCACAUCAAAAAGCUUAUCCACCAUGAUCAAGUGGGCUUCAUCCCUGAGAUGCAAGGCUGGUUCAACAUAUGCAAAUCAAUAAAUGUAAUCCAGCAUAUAAACAGAGCCAAAGACAAAAACCACAUGAUUAUCUCAAUAGAUGCAGAAAAGGCCUUUGGCAAAAUUCAACAAAACUUCAUGCUAAAAACUCUCAAUAAAUUAGGUAUUGAUGAGACAUAUCUCAUAAUAAUAAGAGCUAUCUAUGACAAACCCACAGCCAAUAUCAUACCGAAUGGACAAAAACUGGAAGCAUUCCCUUUGAAAACUGACACAAGACUGGGAUGCCCUCUCUCACAACUCCUAUUCAACAUAGUGUUGGAAGUCCUGGCCAGGGCAAUCAGUCAGGAGAAGGAAAUAAAUGAUAUUCAAUUAGGAAAAGAGGAAGUCAAAUUGUCCCUGUUUGCAGACGACAUGAUUGUAUAUCUAGAAAACCACAUUGUCUCAGCCUAAAAUCUCCUUAAGCUGAUGAGCAACUUCAGCAAAGUCUCAGGAUACAAAAUCAAUGUACAAAAAUCACAAGCAUUCUUAUACACCAAUAACAGACAAACAGACAGCCAAAUCAUGAGUGAACUCCCAUUCAAAAUUGCUUCAAAGAAUAAAAAACCUAGGAAUCCAACUUACAAGGGAUGCGAAGGACCUCUUCAAGGAGAACUACAAACCAUUGCUCAAUGAAAUAAAAGAGGAUACAAACAAACGGAAGAACAUUCCAUGUUCAUGGGUAGGCAGAAUCAAUAUCGUGAAAAUGGCCAUACUGCCCAAGGUAAUUUAUAGAUUCAAUGCCAUCCCCAUCAAGAUACCAAUGACUUUCUUCACAGAAAUGGAAAAAACUACUUUAAAGUUCAUAUGGAACCAAAAAAGGGGCCGCAUUGCCGAGUCAAUCCUAAGCCCAAAGAACAAAGCAGGAGGCAUCAUGCUACCUGACUUCAAACUAUACUACAAGGCUACAGUAACCGAAGCAGCAUGGUACUGGUACCCAAACAGAGAUAUAGAUUAAUGGAACAGAACAGAGCCCUCAGAAAAAAUGCUACAUAUCUACAACCAUCUGGUCUUUGACAAACCUGACAAAAACAAGAAAUGUGGAAAGGAUUCCCUAUUUAAUAAAUGGUGCUAGGAAAACUGGCUAGCCAUAUGUAGAAAGCUGAAACUGGAUCCCUUCCUUACACCUUAUACAAAAAUUAAUUCAAGAUGGAUUAAAGACUUACAUGUUAGACCUAAAACCAUAAAAACCCUAGAAGAAAACCUAGGCAAUACCAUUCAGGACAUAGGCAUGGGCAAGGACUUCAUGUCUAAAACACCAAAAGCAAUGGCAACAAAAGCCAAAAUUGACAAAUGGGAUCUAAUUAAACUAAAGGGCUUCUGCACAGCAAAAGAAACUACCAUCAGAGUGAACAGGCAACCUGCAGAAUGGGAGAAAAUUUUCACAACCUACUCAUCUGACAAAGGGCUAAUAUCCAGAAUCUACAAUGAACUCAAAUAAAUUUACAAGAAAAAAACAGACAACCCCAUCAAAAGGUGGGCAAAGGAUAUGAACAGACACUUCUCAAAAGAAGACAUUUAUGCAGCCAAAAAACACAUGAAAAAAUGCUCAUCAUCACUGGCCAUCAGAGAAAUGCAAAUCAAAACCACAAUGAGAUAUCGUCUCACACGGGUUAAAAUGGCGAUCAUUAAAAAGUCAGGAAACAACAGGUGCUGGAGAGGAUGUGGAGAAAUAGGAAAACUUUUACACUGUUGGUGGGACUGUAAACGUGUUCAACCAUUGUGGAAGUCAGUGUGGCAAUUCGUCAGGGAUUUAGAGCUAGAAAUACCAUUUGACCCAGCCAUCCCAUUACUGGGUAUAUACCCAAAGGACUAUAAAUCAUGCUGCUAUAAAGACACACGCACACGUAUGUUUAUUGCGGCACUAUUCACAAUAGCAAAGACUUGGAACCAACCCAAAUGUCCAACAAUGAUAGACUGGAUUAAGAAAAUGUGGCACAUAUGCACCAUGGAAUUCUAUGCAGGAGAAAAAAAUGAAGAGUUCAUGUCCUUUGUAGGGACAUGGAUGAAAGUGGAAAGCAUCAUUCUCAGCAAACUAUCGCAAGGACAAAAAACCAAACACCACAUGUUCUCACUCAUAGGUGGGAAUUGAACAAUGAGAACACAUGGACACAGGAAGGGGAACAUCACACACUGGGGACUGUUUUAGGGUGGGGGGAGUGGGGAGGGAUUGCAUUAGGCGAUAUAAACCUAAUGCUAGAUGACGAGUUAAUGGGUGCAGGACACCAGCAUGGCACAUGUAUACAUAUGUAACUAACCUGCACAUUGUGCACAUGUACCCUAAACCUUAAAGUAUAAUAAAAAAAAAAAAGAAAAAGAAAAAGAAACAACAGAUGCUGGAAAGGCUGUGGAGAAAUAAACACUUUUACACUGUUGGUAGGAAUGUUAAUUAGUUCAAUCAUUGUGGAAGACAGUUUGGCAAUUCUGCAAGGAUCUAGAACCAGAAAUCCCAUUUGACCCAGAAAUCCCAUUACUGGGUAUAUAUCCAAAGGACUAUAAAUCAUUCUAGUAUAAAGAUGCAUGCAAGCGUAUGUUUAUAGCAGCACUAUUCCCAUUAGCAAAAACAUGGAAUCAAUCCCAAUGCCCAUCAGUGAUAGACUGGAUAAAGAAAAUGUGGUACAUACACGCCAUGGAGUACUAUGCAGCCAUAAAAAGGAAUGAGAUCAUGUCUUUUGCAGGGACAUGAAUGAAUCUGGAAACCAUCAUCUUCAGCAAACUAAUACAGGAACAGAAGACCAAACACCACAUGUUCUCACUCAUAAGUGGGAGCUGAAUAAUGAGAACACCUGGACACAGGGAGGGGAACAACACACACUGGGGCCUGUCAUUGGGGACGGGGAGGAAGAGCAUCAGGAAGAGCUAACGCAUGUGGGGCUUAAUACCUAGGCACCUAGGCUGUGGGUUGAUAGGUACAGCAAAUCAUCACAGUGCACGUUUACCUACGUAACAAACCUGCAUGUCCUGCACAUUUAUCCUGGAACUUAAAAUUUUUAAAAAUAAAAAGAAAACAAGAGUACUGAAAAUUGGCUCACAGUUCCACAGCCUGUACAGCAAGCAUGAUGCUGACAUCUGCUCAGCUUCUGGGGAGGCCUCAGGACACUUAACAAUCAUGGUGGAAGGGAAAGCAGGAGCAGGAGGAAGAGAGAGAGGGGGAAGGUCCUACACACUUUAAACAACAAGAUCUCAUGAGAACUCUAUCACAAGAGCAGCGCUAGGGGGAUUAUGCUUAACCAUUAGAAACUGCUCCCAUGGACCAGCCACCUCGCAGCAGGCCCCAUCUCCGACAGUGGGAACCACUGGAGGCUGCUCCUGUGGACCAGCCACCUUCCAGCAGGCCCCGUCUCCAACACUUGGAACCACUGGAAACUGCUCCCAUGGACCAGCCACCUCCCAGCAGGCCCCAUCUCCGACACUGGGGAUUACAUUUCUAUAGAAGUUUCCAAUAAUUUUGGAACACAUAUUAAUAACAUAUUUAUAAAAAUAUAGUCCAAAGUAGCCCAAACAUCAUUCACUCUUCUAUUUGAAAGUUUUCCCUCUAUUCUAAUGUCACAAUCUCCAGCGUUAUUAAUCAGAAUCCUGCAUUUAAGGGCAUCUGUUAAAUUUUAUAGCUGAUUAUAAAACCAUCAUUUAAAGAGGACCAAAAUGAGACAAUUGUCUGUGGAUGACAAAAACAUUAAGGGCAGCCACAGUUAAAGACAUGAACAACAGCCUUUAAAGUAGAAUUUGCUGUAGAGCCUAUUAUGAGGGAAAUAUUUCUAGUUAUUACCUCUUUUAUUCUAAACCAUGGAAAAAGGACCUAUCAAAUAAAGUCCUUCUAGAAGAGUGAAGGGCUCCUGGCAAUGUUCUCUUUAAUCCAUGAUGUGGGAUAAGGGGAGUUUUUACUGAUUAUGAGGCAAUGUAUAUACCACUAAAGUUUCAACACCCCAAAAGGAAAAAAAAGGGGGGGAGGGAAGUCCUGGAAGAACCAGAUGGAGCCGUAGCAGAAGAUGAUUUCAAUCCACUGACCCCUGAAUUGUGGGCUGGUUGUGCUGCAUCGCUCUGUGACUUAUGAUUCUGCCACAAAAAAGAUCUAAUUCCCAGGGUUAUAGGAAAAGACACCUGUGGUACUCCUGAGGCAGAGAGAAGGGAGAAAUCCAAACCUGACUUAAGUCUAGGGUUCUUAAACCACACAAUCUGCUCACAAGGAGGACCUUAACUCUGAAGAUACCGAUUUGGGGCUGUUUCAAAAAAGAAAUUAUAAAUAUGAGUGGGAAAGAGAACAACCUUCCCAAUAUCCAGUGGCAAAAAAAUGAGAGAGAGGGAAGAAAGGAAGGAGGGAAGGAAGGAGAGAGGGAAGGAAGGAAGUAGGGAGGGAGGGAGGGAUGGAAGAAAGGAAGGAAGGAAAGAGGGAAGGAAGGAAUGAAGGAAGGAAAGAGAGAAGGAGGGCAGGAAGGAAGGAAAGAAGGAAGGAGAGAGGGAAGUAAGGAGGGAAGGAAGAAAAGGAAAUAGGGAAGGAAGGAGGGAAGGAAUGAAGGAAGGAAAGAUGGAAGGAAGGAAGCAGGGAAGGAAGGAAGGGAAGGAACUUGGAUAUGCACAAAAACAAAAUUUAAAUUAAAACGGAAUUCUAUCAUCUGACCUAAUUGGAAAUGUACUAUUUUCUAAAAUAACCUAUACAGUCCAAAGGUAAAAGGGUGCUGAUUGGUAUUUGUAACUCUCCAGCAUGUAUUCGAAUCAAUUUUAACAUCUGCUGAAGUCUACCAAUUGGCAUACCUUCACAAACUUAACCAAUACUGGAGCUCAAACUUUGUUAUACCUGAGAUUUCACUAAAUUUAAACAUUGCAUCCCCUAAUCCUAGCAGAGUAACUGCAUAUAGAAUACAGGACACAUAGUUAUGCCUCACAUUUGUUACCUUGACUAAAUUUACCGUAGUCAUAGAAGCCUUUGUCCAUAGGUGACCUGGAUGCUCUGACCCUAUGAGUAACAAAUUGAUAUUAAAUCAUUUGAACUUACACAUUGACUUCACCAAAUGUAACCUUACAGAACUCCCUCUCCUGUUUUUUUUAAAUUUGAUUUAUUUUUAAUUUUUCAUUUUUUUUAGAGAUGGGGUCUUGCUCCAUUACCCAGGCUGAAUGAAGUGCGGUGGCACAAUCAUAGCUCACUGCUGCCUUGGACUCCUGGGCUCAAGCAGUCCUCCCAGUUUAGCCUUCCAAGUAGCUGGGAUUACAGGCAUGUACCAGCACAGCCAAUUAAAAAAAUUAUAGAAGUGGAGUCUUGCUAUGUUGCCUAGGCUGGUCUCUAACUUCUGGCCUCAAGAAAUCCUCCCCUGCCUCGGCCUCCCAAAGUGCUGGGAUUACAGGUGUGAGCCAUCGUGCCUAGCCUCCCCAUCUUGAUAAAUUAUCAAAUAUGAUCCAACAUAAAUUACAACAUGACUUCAAAUAAAUAAAACUUAUUAUAUAAGACCUAAUUAAUUAGUGAAGGGGUGAUAAUCCUCAUUGCUUCAACGUUUAGCAGUAGAAUCUGGCCUGUUCUUAAACCUGCAAAUAAUAAAUGGUGUUUCACAGUGGAUUACUGUAAUGUGACUGCAGUGCUCCCAUCCAUUCAGGCCCUCGUACCCAAUGCCUAAUAUUGUGGUUAAUUUUUUUUUUAUUUCAAUAGGUUUUUGGGGAAUAUGAUGGUUUUCUUUUUAUUUCAAUAGGUUUUGGGGAAACAGGUGGUUUUUGGUUACAGGACCAAGUUGUUUAGUGGCGAUUUCUGAGAUUUGUGGUGUACCCAUCACCCAAGCAGUGUACACUGUACCCGUUGUGUAGUGUUUUAUCCCUCACUGCACCCACCCCACCACUCCCAAGCUUUCCCUGAGUCCCCAAAGACUAUUGUAUCAUUCUUAUGCCUUUGCAUCCUCAUAGUUUAGCUCUCACUUAUGAAUGAGAACAUACAAUGUUUGGUUUUCCAUUCCUAAGUUGCUUCACUUAGAAUAAUGGUGUCCAGUUUCAUCCAGGUUGCUGUGAAUGCAUUAUUUCAUUCCAUCUUAUGGCUGAGUAGUAUUCCAUGUGGUAAAUAUUUAUACCACAUUUUCUUUAUCCACUUACUGAUUGAUGGGCAUUUAGGCUGGUUUCAAAUUCUUCUAACUGCAUAUUGUGCUGCUAUAAACAUGCGUGUGAAAGUAUCUUUUUCAUAUAAUGACUUAUUUUCCUCUGAGUAGAUACCCAGGAGUGGAAUUACUGGAUCAAAUGAUAGAUCUGCUUUUACUUCUUUGGAAAUCUCCUCACUGUUUUCCAUAGCUGUUGUACUAGUUCACAUUCCCUCCAAAAAGUGUAAAAGUGUUCCCUUCUUAACACACCCAUGCCAACAUCUAUUAGUUUUUGAUUUUUUGAUUAUGACCAUUCUUACAGGAGUGAAGGGGUAUCAUAUUGUAUUGUGGUUUUGAUUUGCAUUUCCCUGAUAAUUAGUUAUGCUGAGCAUUUUUUCAUGUUUGUUGGCCAGUUGCUUAUCUUCUUUUGAGAAUUGUUUUUUCAUGUCCAUAGCCCACUUUUUGAUGGGAUAUUUUUCUUCCUGGUUUGUUUGAGUUCCUUGCAGAUUCUGGGUGUUAGUCCUUUAAUCAGAAGUACAGAUUGCGAAGAUUUUCUCCCACUCUGUAGGUUAUCUGUUUACUCUGCUAUUUCUCUUACUGCGCAGAAGCCUUUUAGUUUAAUUAAGUCUCAUCUAUUUAUCUUUGUUUUAGUUGCAUUUGCUUUUUGGGUUAUUGGUCAUGAAGUCUUUGCCUAAGCCAGUGUCUAGAAGGUUUUUUCCAAUGUCGUCUUCUAGAAUUUUUAUGGUUUCAGGUAUUAGAUUUAAGUCCUUGAUCCAUCUUGAGUUGAUUUUCGAAUAGGGUGAGAAAUGAGCAUUCACUUUCAUUCUUCUAUGUGUGGCUUGCCAUUUAUCUCAGCACCAUUUGUUGAAUAGGGUAUUCUUUCUCUGCUUUAUGUUUUUGUUUGUUUUGUUGAAGAUUAGAUGACUGUAAGUAUUUGGCUUUAUUUCUGUGUUCUCUAUGAUGUUCCAUUGAUCUUUAUGGCUAUUUUUAUGCCAGUACCAUGCUGUUUUGGUGACUAUGGCCUUCUAGUAUAGUUUGAAGUCGGCUUCUAGAUUUGUUAUUUUUGCUUAGUCUUGCUUUGGCUAUACAGACUCUUUUUUGGUUCUAGGCUUUUACUACCUUAAGGUAUUUCCCUUCUAUGUCUUUUUUAGUUCCGUGUGAAUUUUUGUAGUUCUGUGAAGACUGAUGUUGGUACUUUAAUGGGGAUUACAUUGAGUUUGUAGAUUGCUUUUGGCAGUAUGGUAUUUUCACAAUAUUGAUUUUACCCAUCCGUGAGCAUGGGAUAUGUUUCCAUUUCUUUGUAUCUAUGAUUUCUAUCAGCAGUGUUUUGUAGUUUUCCUUGUAGAGGUCUUUUGUCUCUUUGGUUAAGUAUUCCGGAUAUAAUUAAGAUUUUGUCUGCAAAGAUUGCAUGCAAUUGACAAUUAUAGGAAUAUACUAUUAUAAUUAUAGGAAUUAUAAUAUUCCUAAGGUUUUUAUUGCAACUAUUGUAAAAGGGGGUGAGUUUUUUAUUUAAUUCUCAGCUUGUUCACUAUUACUGUAUAGCAGAGCCACUGACUUGUGUACAUUAAUUUUUUAUCCUGAAACUUUGCUGAAUUCAUUUACCAGUUCUAGUAGCUUUUGGGAUGAGUCUUUAGGGUUUUCUAGGUAUACGAUCAUGUCAUCAGCAAAGAGUGACAGUUCGACUUUCUCUUUACCGAUUUGGAUGCCCUUUAUUUCUCUUAUCUGAUUGCUCUGGCGAGGACUUCUAGUACUAUGUUGAAUAGAACUGGUGAAAGUUGACAUCAUUGUCUUGUUCCAGUUUCAGGGGGAAUGCUUUCAACUUUUCCCCAUUCCAUAUAAUGUUGGCUGUGUGUUUGUCAUAUAUGGCUUUUAUUACCUUAAGAUAUGUCCCUUCGAUGUUGAUUUUGCUAAGGGUUUUAAUCAUAAAGGGAUUCUGGAUUUUGUCAAAUGCUUUUUCUAUGUCAAUUUUGCUGAGGGUUUUAGGCAUAAAGGGAUGAUGGAUUUUGUCAAAUCCUUUUUCUGCAUGUAUUGAGAGGAUCAUGUGAUUUUUGUUUUUAAUUCUGUUUAUAUGGUGUAUCACAUUUAUUGACUUGCAGAUGUUUAACCAUCCUGCAUCCCUGGUUUCUCUUCAGAUCGUAUACCUCUUUCACCUUAUGAUGGUUAAUUUUAUUUGCCAAGUUGGGUUGCCUAGAUAUUUGGUUAAACUCCCUGGAUGUGUCUGUGAGGGUGUUCCUUGAUGAGACGAACAUUUGAAUAUGUAGACUUAGUAAAGUAAUUGCCCUCCCCAGUGUGAGUGGGCCUCAUCCAAUCCAUUAAAACCCAAAUAAAACACAAGGGUAGAGGAAGAGAGAAUUCACUCUCUUUGAUGAUUUCAGAGCUGAGACGUAGAUCUUCUCUCGACUUUGAAGUCAGACGUGGACUGUAACUUAUGCCAUCAGCUUUCCUGGUUCUCAGGACUUUAGGCUUGGACUGGAACUCCAACAUUGGCAGUCCUGGUUCUCCAGCUUGCUGACUGCAGGUCCUGGGACUUCUUAGCCUCCAUAACCACAUGAGCCAAUCCCUUAUAAUAAACCUAUAUAUAUUCAUGCAACUGAUAAAUAUUUUGUUGUUACAGAUUUGGCUACCAUGUUCUUCUGGUGCCUAUUUUAACAGAGUCUCAGUCAUAGCCUUCCUUCGUCUCUGAAGGGACCAGGCGACCCACGGAGUGCCUCGGCAGCCUUGUCAUUACAUGCAAUCUUCACAGACAAGAUCUCACUGCAACCACCUUUCUACAGGAGCACAGGUGUGACAUUGUACUGAUGACAUCAUUCUCAGAGAAAAUUCAUUUUACACACUAAGGACACACAGACACAAGGAGGCUUACACAAAGGGAAUGGACCUUUCCCAACACAGUAGUGCAAGGCCCUGCCACUUUGCUUCAAUUCCUGAAAUUUCCUUGGUAAAUAUGGGGCUGCCCUAUUCCUGAGACUUUCAAAAAAUAAUUAUUCAUCCUCUCAGCAUCCACAAUGUUAAUACAAGCCUAAUAUUCUUUAAUUUGUGUUUUGUUUUUUGGAGGUACAGUCUUGCUCUGUCACCCAGGCUGGCAUGAAGUGGCAUGGUUUCAACUCACUGCAGCCUCGACCUCCUGAGCUCAAGCAGUUCUCCCAUCUCAGCCUUCCAAGUAGCUAGGACUUCAGGUGUGUGCCAUGACACUCAGCUAAUUUUGUUUAUAUUUUUGUAGAGAAAAGGUCUCGCUAUGUUACCCAGGCUGGUCUGAAACUCCUGGGGUGAAGCGAUCCUCUUGCCUCUGCCUCCCAAAGUUCUGGGAUUACAGGUGUGAGCCACUGUGCCCAGCCCUUUAAUUCUUUACUUGGGGUUCAGGUGACAAUAUAUUUCUUAUUUACAAAUCUUACUUAAUCUCACGGAUGCUGUCAUUGGCAAACUGACCCACCUUGAAUGAAGCCUCCUCCAAGUCUGGAAUCUGUCCGAAUUUAAAUUAGCAGGUGUUCCUAUGAAUUCCCUCAGAGAACACACUGUGGAUGAUUUAGCAACCUCUUCCUAUGCCUCCUGAAGUAUCUGGGUUGCAUAUGGUGGCCAUAAGUAGUCCAUGGGCUUCUGAUGUAAAAAACAAACCUGCCCCUUUUGACCCUGUUCUGUACAGCAUCAGGGCAGCGAUUGCUGACCACAUGCUGGACCCUCUGGAAACAGAGGGCUCUGCAUCCAUGUCCACGAGGCUUCAUGUCCAUCUGGCCAUCAGGCCUUGGGAAGCAGCACCCCACAGCCUUGGCACAGCUGCAGAGACCUCCUUGCAUCAGGAUGGAGUCAAACCUGGACCCCCUGCCAUUCUCAUCUGCAGGAAACACUGGCCUCCUUCAUCCUUAGUCUGUGUUGCUGGAAGUCACCCGUCUCCGAGGCCCCUUGGGAUCGACUGAGUGACCAGCAGUGAAGUUCGUCCACCUCCUGAAUGGAUGCCAUCAUCUGACGUGAUGGAGCUCAGUGGGAUGCUGCUGCCUUCCCUCGCUUAGCUAGGAUGUCCCUGAUAAAGGAUGACACCAAAGCCUCAGCACGACUGGCCAAACUUGAGGUGGUCAUCUCAGCACUGAUGCUGGGCCAACAAUUAGCCCCAUUUGUACAUUUUUACAAAUUUUUGGCAAUUGCCAAGAAUUCUCCACCUUCCCUCCCCAUUGAAUUAAAGAAACUUCUUGCCUCAUGGAUACUCAGAAUACA